AUGGUCUCGCACCAGUGGCUCUGGGAAGCGCUGCGGAACGGGAAGGAUGAUGUGGUCAUCUCUAAGCUUGUGCCUAUGGACUGGGACUGGAACCAGGUCCAUCCGUCUUUGGGCACUCCGCUGAUGGCCAUCGUGCCGGACGGGCUGCGGCUGAGUUCGAACACCGCCAGCGCAGCGCCCAUCUGGAAGCUGAUCCGGUUUUGCAUGGCCCAAGGUGCGGACCCCCGGAAGGUGGCGAAGAACUUGGAGAACUCGAGGAGUACUUGGGGCUCCGAAGGUACGGCCUACCCGAGGCUGGAUGCGGUGGACCGCUCAGGGCACUCUGCGCUGAGUUUGGUCUUCGCCUUUCGGCGCGCAUGCUGCAAGUUCGAGAAGGAGUACGCAUCGCAGAUCUCAAACGCGGAUCAAAUGCUGAGCGUCUUCGCCGAGUUUGUGCCUCACGAGGAGCCGGUGGUCAACGUUCCGGAGGCUGUGGUAGAGAUGUGGGAGCGCCUCUGCGCUGACGAGGACUCUGCAGACGUUCAGCUCGAGGUGGUGGAGAAGGAGACGGAGCCCCAAACCCUGCGGGCCCACGGCUCGGUACUUCUCACGGCCUCCCCGGUGCUGAAAGCGCUGCUUCUGGCGCCAAUGAAGGAAGGCCGCACGCGAAACAUCCGCGUGGAGGGGGUUACCGUGGAGUCCACCAAGCUCUUCCUGCAAUUGAUGUACACCGGGGUCACGGAGCUGGAGGUUCGGGCGAGCGUGCUGCUGGGUGUCUUGGAUUUGGCGCACCGCUGGCAAGUGCCGCAUUUGGUGCACAUGGCCGAGCGCAGCCUUGUGGAGAUGGUGGGGCUGGAGACCUUAGGCGAGCUCUGCGAGGCCGGGGUCUUGAAGCAGCUGCCCAAGCUCCGCAGCGCCUGCCGCUGCUUCGCGCUCAUGAACCCCGAGGCAGAGAGCGUGGUGAACUCGGACAGCUUCCCGCCACGCGAGGAUGUGAUAGUUGGAACGGUGCGGUGA